UGAUUCUCUCUGGUUAUCAGUGUCAGGUGGACCGGUUCACCCGUCGGGUCACUGCGUGAGUCACUGGGGUUUAGUCGGGUGUAUUUUUAGAAACGCUUGCGUUGCCUUAUUGGCAGGCUGUGUGUGUCAGUAACCAUCGCCCCGUGCUUUAAAAGACUCAACAGCUGGGAGUUCUGCAUGUGUUCGUCUCAAACAGCUAAUGCGCGGCGUUUAUUCUGCUUCGCUGAUGGACUUUCCAUGUCUUGUGCGCCGCUGUGUUGAAGAGGAUGCGGUUGUUGCAGAGCUGAAGUUAAUGCAGACGUCACGUCUCAGCUGGAGCCGCUCGCAUCUAAUGAAGGGAGUCUGUGGACUGCUGCCGGUCCAUGCGUUAUGAGCGCAGUUGUUGCGCGGCAGUGAGCGAGCGUUUUCAAUUCAUUCCUAUAGAAGUUGAGCUUAAACGCUCGCGCGGUGCAUUAUGGGAUUGAAAGCGGCGCAGAGAAAGCGUUGAGAGCGUCGAAAAGGUUGGGCAUUCCUCAAAUUAAUGCAAAUAUCGAGCGAAAAAUGCCGGGCGACAACCAAUCGCUGUGAAAAGCAGGCAAGGCAAGAUUUUGACGUAUGUUUCCGAGUGUUUGCUGAACUGCUGGAUUACUGAAAAAGUCAUUUGUGACCCUGGAGCACAAAAUUCUGUCACAAGGGUCAGUUUUGUUUAAUUGAGAUUUAUACAUUAUCUGAAAGUUGAAUAAAUAAUCUUUCCGCUGAUGUAUGGUUUGUUAGGAUCGGACAAUAUUUGGCUGAAAAUCUGGAAUCUGAGGGAGCAAAAAAAUCUAAAUAUUGAGAAAAUCACCUUUAAAGUUGUUCAAAUGAAGUUCUUAGCAAUGCAUAUUACUAAUCAAAAAUGAAGUUUUGAUAUAUUUACGGUAGGAAACUUACUAAAUAUCUUCAUGGAACAUGAUCUUAAUAUCCUAAUGAUUUUUGGCAUAAAAGUAAAAUGUAUAAUUUUGACCCAUACAGUGUAUUGUUGGCUAUUGCUACAGAUAUAGCUGCUGCUUAUGACUGCUUCUGUGCUGCAGGGUCACAGGUGUUGUAUUUAGGGCUGUCUCUAUAGGCUACGUUUCAUCAUUUUGAAUUUUAGGUUGUACCUAGAUGUCGCCAAUAGUGUUUAGUUUGCGAACCACCAUUAAAGGAAGAAGAUGAAACGCAAAUAGGGUGUAAACAUUGUUUUCAGAGGCGUGCUCUACACGGCCAGUGCUGUGGCGUUGUCUCGAGCGCAGAUAGUGGAAACACACCGUUAGAUCCGGAUGAUCAGCGAACGGGACGAGACGAGAGCGGCGGACCUUCACAGCCGUAAACACUCACAGACCAUCGUCCGCGGGAGCCGGCCGCCCAAGGAUGCCUCCAUCAACGGCCUGCUGGAGGAGUUUGACAGCAUCUCCGUCACCCGCUCCAACUCUCUGAGGAAAGAGAGUCCGCCUGGAGCCCAUCAGGCCGGCGGGAGCAAACCAGCGUCUGCGUCCACGUCCACGUCCAACACCGGCGGACCGGAGGAGAACGGCUUCGGACACUAUUACGGCCGCUUCUCGUGCGACCUGGACAGCAGUAAAGACUUCUCGUUAGAGGCGUACCGAGAGCGAGGCGUCCACGACAGCGAGUACUAUGGACGGCACUACCGCUUCUCUCUCAGACAGAACGGCCAUCCCAUCCGCAGCCCCUUCUAUCCCGACGCCAUGCCGCAGAAGUCCUCGGACUACGCCAAGAUGCCACCCGACUACCACGCCUACCUGGAGAGCAAGAUGCGGCUGUCCACCGUCGAGAUGGCCAUGGGAGGCCGCAGGGAAUACUACCGCGCCUCUCUGGGCGGAUCCAGCCAGGAUUACCGGGAGCAUGCGCUGGGAACGCCGUCACGCGUCUCCAUCCACAGCGAGCAGAUGAACUAUCCCGACGGAGACUGGGGAUACGGAGCGGGACUGAGAGACGACUACGACAAGAGGCCCAAGUCCUCGUACAUCAGUCAGACGAGCCCCCAGCCGGCCAUCCGGCAGCGCUCGCGAUCGGGGUCAGGCCUGCAGGAGCCCAGCCUGCCGUACGGCAUCAGCGCAUUCAGAGCUGCGCCGCAGGGGCCAUACAGCUCGUACACGUACCCCAGAUUAUCCGAGAACACGUCUUCGCUCGUAAAGGGCGAGUACGAGCGCGGGGCCCGUGACGGGAGCCCACAGGGGCCGGGGCCCGAGACGUAUCAGCGCGUUCCCCUCAAACUACCUCAGAGCCACGGCAAACCCGGUUACCCGGCCGGUCUCCAGUACCCUCCGGCCUUCCAGUACCGGCCGCCGCAGCCCAGCCCUCCCUACACCCCGCAGGGGGCGCACUCGCAGCCCUCCUCACCCUUCACCCCGGGCCCCGGGGCCUAUCCGCCGCCCAGCUGGGGCUCGUCCUCCGAGCAGCCGCCCUGCAGGGUUUCGCACGAGCAGUUCCGGGCGGCGCUGCAGCUGGUGGUGAACCCAGGCGACCCGCGCGAGUAUCUGGACAACUUCCUGAAGAUCGGCGAGGGAUCCACGGGCAUCGUGUGCAUCGCCACCGAGAAGCACAGCGGCAAACAGGUGGCCGUGAAGAAGAUGGACCUGAGAAAACAGCAGCGGCGGGAACUUCUGUUCAACGAGGUGGUCAUCAUGAGAGACUACCAUCACGAGAACGUGGUGGACAUGUACAACAGUUAUCUGGUCAGUGAUGAACUCUGGGUAGUGAUGGAGUUCCUAGAGGGCGGAGCCUUGACUGACAUCGUCACUCACACCAGGAUGAAUGAGGAGCAGAUCGCCACCGUCUGUCUGUCGGUGCUGAAGGCGCUGUCUUACCUGCACACACAGGGCGUCAUACACCGAGACAUCAAGAGCGACUCCAUCCUGCUCACCAGCGACGGACGGAUCAAGCUCUCGGAUUUCGGCUUCUGUGCUCAAGUGUCUAAAGAGGUUCCCAAGAGGAAGUCUCUGGUGGGAACGCCGUACUGGAUGGCUCCGGAGGUCAUCUCCAGACUGCCCUACGGCACUGAGGUGGACAUCUGGUCUCUCGGCAUCAUGGUGAUCGAGAUGGUGGACGGAGAGCCGCCGUACUUCAACGAGCCGCCGCUGCAGGCCAUGAGACGGAUACGAGACAACCUGCCCCCGCGACUCAAGGAGUCUCACAAGGUGUCGUCGGUGCUGCGGGCGUUCCUGGACCUGAUGCUGGUGCGGGAGCCGUCUCAGCGGGCCUCGGCGCCGGAGCUGCUGCAGCACUCGUUCCUGAAGCUGUCGGGGCCGCCGUCCUGCAUCGUUCCGCUGAUGCGCCACUACCGCCACCGCUGAGCGCUUCGAGCCGCUCCGCUCCGCUCAGACCGACGUCUCUCUCUCGUCUUCUCACGCUAACUACGAAGAUGUAUUUUAGAGCAAUUGUAAGUUUUACUUGUACAGUUUUGAUAAACGGCAGUAUUUUUGUUGUGAUGUUACCAUGGUGAAAUGGGCAGUAUUACCUAGAACCUGAGAGUUUCUGCAAAAUAACAAUAACAAUAAUAAUAAACUUUCCUACUGUUUAUAUUUCAUUUUUUUGAAGAUGGCUGUUGCAGACAGAUGAAUCCGAAUAUAUUUAUUUAUUCUACGUUUGUAGGUCGCGCCAGAGUUUUCUACGCUGGUUUCGUUCUGGUUUUCAGUAGUGUGGCCUUUUCACGCUCAUUCUCACGCGCGAUCUCUAGCAAUAUUCUGCACAAUCCUCGCGUGUUUUCUCGUGGCGUCUCACCCGUGUCUCAUGGCUCACUGUGAUCUGGAAAUGCGUGUUUCUGUAGGACUCUUCAGAUCCGCUGUCGCGUCGCUUUUGUACGGUGAUCCUGCAUGUGUGUCACUAAGAGCUGCUUUCAAUAAAAAAACACAAACGCACGUGUCCUCCUUUGCUUCAUUCAGACUCUU